GUGUAUGUUGCAUUCGAAGCUUAGUUGAGCAGCGAGCUUUGUCAGUGGUGCAGGGUUUGUUGCGAUUAAGUAAUUGUAACUAUAAUGUCGCAGGUGGCUUAUACAGCACUACCAAUGAUUGAUAACUUUGUGAACAUUUCAACAACAUUAAAUGUUAGUGAUUACGAGUCUUCGGCCACAACGAGCUCAAUGUCGAGCCCGAACAUGUUUUCUGCCAGUUCACCAGAUACUCCUGAAUCAUUUUUGUCACCCAUUUUCACUAUAAAUCAGGAAGACCUUGGUUUUAAUUUGCCAUGUCUGGGCCAACCUCAUUUGGAAAUAGUGGAACAACCGGUUGAUAAAUUCAGAUUUCGAUAUAAGUCAGAAAUGAUGGGAACUCACGGGAGCAUCUUAGCGAAAAGCUCUGACAAAUCCAGGAAAAGAGUUUAUCCUACUGUUCGGUUGCAGAACUACAGUGGGGAGGCAAUUGUUCGAUGCUCGUUGUACACUGCGCACCCUACUGAAUAUAUGCGCACUCCACAUACGCACAGGCUUGUUGUGCGUGUUGGAAAUGAUGACAAGGAUGAUCCGCAUGAACUGAAAGUUAAUGCUGCAAAUAAAUAUACAGCAGUAUUCCAAGGUAUGGGCAUCAUACACACAGCUAAAAAGCACAUUGCAGAAGAACUGCUAAAAAAGAAACGAGCAUUAAAAUUGGAGCAGUUACGGCAGCAUAACAUGAAUAUUUCAUCCUUGCCAACAAAGGAUGAAACAGAAAUAAGAGCUGAGGCAGAGUCCGAAGCCAAAAGAAUGAAUCUCAACAGUGUGACAUUAUGCUUUGAAGCAUUUAUAGAAGGUCCUGGUGGGGUCAUAAAACCUAUAUGCCAACCAGUUUUCUCGACACCUAUAAAUAACAUGAAGAGUGCCCUAACUGGAGAGCUAAAAAUAUGUCGCAUUGAUAAGAACUCCAGCAGUUGUUUAGGAGGAGAAGAAGUGUUUAUUCUUGUUGAAAAAGUUGGGAAAAAAAACAUUAAAAUAAAGUUCUUUGAACUUGAUGAAGAAGAUAAUGAAAUUUGGUGUGACUUUGGAAAGUUCUCAGAAUUGGAUGUGCAUCACCAGUAUGCAAUCGUGUUUCGUACCCCACCAUAUAGGGAUACAGAAAUUACGGAUAAUGUUAAUGUGUAUUUGCAAUUGUAUCGUCCGACAGAUGGCGAUUGUAGUGAACCAAUACAGUUCUCGUACAAGCCAUCGGAUAGAAUAGGCAGGAAAAGACAAAGGAUGUCAGUAAAUGACUCCUACAACAGACACAUUUCACAGGAGAAUGAACUGGCUCGGAAUUUGUUGAACCUGGAAGUAUCAGGCAACAAUCCAUCUUUUAGUGGUAUAGCAACCACGUCAACUAGCCUGGAUGCGUAUUUGUGUGACCCUCGCAGCAAUUCAGCCGAAUUUCAAGAGUUCUUCGGUAGACUGUCAGGUAGUGAUAUUCUUCAAGAAUAUCUCGGCGCGUUGCCCCAAGGACCGCAGAAUCUGACAGUCAGGCAGGCCUACGGAGGAGACCUUGUUACGGAUUCUGCAAGUAACAGGACCCAGCAGUCCACUGGCAAAACACCUGUUGGUCCUUCAAAAUUUUACCAUACAACAGACUCGGUAAAUGUAAAGGACUGUCCAGACGAACCCCUGCUUGCUCGACAAAUAGUGGAUGAAAUGAAGCGAAAUGCUUCAUUGAGAAAGCCUGUAUUUACAGAAAGAGUUCUUAAAAUGUUCAGUCAGAAAUCGCAUGAUGGCAAUACUGCACUUCAUGCUGCAAUACUCCAUAAGCAAGAAGUCUUACUAAGACACAUGUUGGAUGUAUUGGCCAGGGAACCACAGCAUUAUUUGCUAAAUUGCCCAAAUGAUAGCCAGCAGACACCUCUGCACACGGCUGCAGCUGGGAAUCCUGUAUCAGUGAAAUGGCUGCUAAACGCAGGUGCGGAUCCUGACAGGCAAGAUGAAAAUGGCGAUACACCACUUCAUGUUGCGGUGAAACAUCAUGCCAAUUUGUGUGUUGAGGAGCUGCUGACACCGUCAAAUUAUAAAUCGGAAAUGAAACCUGAUGUAAACAAGAAAAACUCAACAGGUUGGACACCACUUCAUGUUGGAGUCCUCCACAAAAAUCUUGGUGCAAUAGAGAGACUCAUCACUGCUGGUGCGGAUGUAAAUGAAGAAGAUACAAAUGGUCGAACAGUGCUGCACUUUGCUGCAGAUGGAGACGAUGAAAAAAUUGCAGAAUAUUUAGUUAAACAUACAAACAUUGAUGUAAAUAAAAAGGAUAAGGUGGGAUACACAGCAUUUGACCGAGCGCGUGCAAGAGGAGGACGCGCUGCUAAAGUACUGUGUCAGAUUUUGGAUCAUACCAAGUGGGCAAAUUUGGAAAGUGUGGAAGGACAGAUGGAAGGCGACUGUAACAUCGGUGAUGACGAGCUUCACAUUGAUGAGGAUGAUGAUGAAGAUGACGAUGAGGAGGAAGAGGACGACGACGACGACAACACAGAUAAGGAAAGCAACAGUACUGAAAUGAAAAGCCCUGUGCCAGACGAAGUUGAAAAUAAACAUAUUAUGUCUCUCCUGCAAGGAGUGGCUAAGUCACCAGAAAGACGUACACAGUCUCCUGAAAUUACUGAAGUUAAGGAGGAGAUGUUUCCAAGCCCAGUAUCCGAAUGUACAAUUCCAGAUGAAAAUGGGCUCUUCAAUGCCGAAACUUUAUCUCAGCUAUGUGACAUCCUGGAUUCAUCAGGAAGUUGGCAAGAUCUGGCCGAGCUCUUGGGUUAUACAUUCCUGAUUGCUAGUAUUAAGGACAACACAAGCCCAUCAAGACUACUAUUCAACUACGCUGAUGUUGAUGGGAAUGCGACAGUGAGGGAGAUUCGAAAUUUUUUGGAUGUCUUGGAUGAACACAAGGCAGUGGAGCUGGUUGAUCUCAUGCUUGCCAGCCAGGAAUCUUGAGAUCACUGUUUUUUUGUAUAAGCUGUUAUUCCACCAUAAGUGUGCCAUUGUUUUUAGUCUUAGUUUUACAAAAAAAUGUUAUUGUAUGUUUUAAUACAAUACCUACCAUAUGUAAAUAUAUUUUGUUUGUGGUUGAUUUUAUGACAGUUUUAUAUGUAAAAUAGAACUGAUGAAUUUAUGUAA